AUGUUUGAUCUCAAGGGUUUAAUUCUUUGGUCAAUGCUCCGUUGCAGUGCCACUCACAACAAGAGGAUGAAGGAGCAGGUGGCCUUGGAACUCCAGUUUGUCAACAGCAACCUGCAGCUCCUCAAGGAACAGCUCGCGGAAUUGAACAGCUCCGUGGAGGUCUACCAGGGCACGCAGUCGAAAGGUAACAUCCCCAUGAUUCCUUUGGGGCUGAAGGAGACGAAGGAGAUCGACUUCAGAGAGCCGUUCAAGGAUUUCAUACUAGAGCACUACAGCGAGGAGCCAGACAAGUACGAUGAGCCAAUCACAGAGUUCAUGGACCUUAGAGGGGCCAUGCGAACCCCGGAGCGAGACGAUUCGGGAGUGGGCCUUCUCUUCGAAUACUUCAAUCAGCUCUAUUUCAUCGACAGAAGAUUCUUUCCCCCGGACCGCUCGCUUGGCAUUUACUUCGAGUGGUAUGACUCGCUGACAGGCACCCCGAGCUGCCAGAGAACGGUGGCCUUCGAGAAAGCGUGCGUCCUCUUCAACCUCGGCGCCCUGUACACGCAGCUGGGAGCUCGCCACGACAGGACCUCGGCGGCAGGACUCGACGCGGCCGUCAACAACUUCCUCCGGGCGGCGGGGAUGUUCCGCUACCUGCAUGACACCUUCACCAACGCCCCCUCCAAGGACCUGAGCCCGGAGAUCCUCGACAUGCUCAUUCAUCUCAUGCUGGCUCAAGCACGAGAGUGUCUCCACGAGAAAGCCCUGCUUGGCCACAGCGAGGAUUUCGAAACCGUGGUGGAACUGUCACAAGAGGCAGCCAACGUUGCUCAAGAGUAUGCGCAGGUGCUGAAAACCAUAUCAGACCCAGCAGUGAAAGGCUACGUUCCAGCUUCGUGGAUAAGCUUAGUUCACAUCAAGGCUGACUACUACCGCGCUUGUUCCCACUACCACAUAGCCGAAGCGCUGCUCACCCUCCCGUGCAGCAUCAAAGAGGAGGAACACAUAGGGAUGAGAGUCCGCGAGGCUUUGCAGUAUUUCCAUCUUCAGCCAUCGAAUAACACCACAACCAUUGAUAUUACUGUCCCAAGCUGCCGGAGAGAACGCACCAUCCUCGGUCUGGCUCAUUGUCGUGAGGCAGUUUUAGUUCACGAGGAGGCAAUGCGGCAACACAGGAUGUGUCGAGACCUCAAAAAGAAGUCGGUCCUCGCAGAAGUCUUGCAGAUUGGCCAUGAAACAGCUGUCCACCUCCUUGACCUCUAUGUGGAGGAGGAAGAUCUUCUGAACAUACUUGAUCCGCCACCAAUAUCACCGGCAACCAAAGUACAGCUUUCCCUGACUACCCCAGACUUUUCCCAACACCGGGUAGAAGACCUGUUCAAACUCCUGGGACCCGUUGCUGUAUUCUCAGCCAAGCACCAGUGGUCAGCACCUCGACCUAUUAAGCUGACAAGAACUCCCACUCAAGGUUUUGGGUUCUCAGUGAGAGGCGAUGCUCCUGUCGUUAUAGCUGGCGUUGACAGGAAUAGUUUGGCAGAGAGAGCUGGAAUCAAUGAAGGAGACCUUGUGGUGUGCAUUGGAACCCGUGAUGUGAAAUGGAUGCCACAUGAUGAGGUUGUUGGGCUUAUUCGUGAAGCUGGAAACACACUCAACCUCACUCUCGUCACUCCAUGUGAUAAGACCUAUUACAAAUUACCUAAAAGCAAGAGUCUCAAGGACAUCUCUCCACAUUCUACCACGAGUAGCAGCAGUGGAGUCAGUAGUACAGGCAGCAGCAGUGGCAGCAGCAAUAGCAGUACCAGCAGCAAUAGCAGUCACUAUGGUUCUGUCAAUAGUUCUACUAUUUCAAAUUCACGAGAUAAAGACAAGCGAAACAGUUGGAAUCCUUUCAAGCGUUCAUCUUCUCGAGACAAGCUUAAAGCAGACUCCCUUAUUGAUUGCAAUGUUAUUUUGCGAUAAGUUCUUCAAAUUGCCUUUUCAUUUUGAAGUAUUCAGUCUUUUUAACGGUUUCUUUUCCUCUUCAUAUAAACUUGUUUUAAGGUAUCAGGUACUCAACAAAAUCAGUAUUAUUUCAGAGAAAUGGACCGUGGUUACAUUUCCUUUAUAAUUUGGAGUAAAGAUUAAAUAUGCAGUACAUCAAAAUACAAUCAAAGGAAAAUCUGAAGCAUAAUAAAUCAUGUAACGUACACACUGAAAUAAAUGAUUGAAAUUUACUGUACAUAGAUAAAUAUUAAUUACUGUUCGACUUACCUGAUGUCUGAAGUGGCUAUAACUAUUUUUGAAAAUGUCUGAGGAGUAAUAUCUUCACUAUAUGUCGUUACAGUAGGUUUCCCAAAAUAACUUUAUCUGAGCACAUUGACAAGUAAAAGUAGCCUGUAAAUUGUAUGGUGUGUCCAGUCAUAUAUUUUGAAUAUAAUUAUGCUUUAGCUGAAGUAUAUAUAAUACAUUAUUUGGACAGUAUUCCUAAAGCUAAUGUAUCUAGCAUACAUAGUAUGAAAUACUUUUUUCAAGCAUGUUAAGACUUAUAUUCACAAAGAAAUAAGCCUAUAGAUUUCAUUUUAGAAAAACGUUUAAGACUGAUGUUCCCUAUAGUGGCAAAUCUUAGAGAGGCUUUUGUAAAGAUUUGAAUGGGGGAUUACAAGAUAUGUGGUUUUAUCACAUGAGUUCAUUGUUUCACAUUUAUGGGUUAAGCAGUUUUCCCAAGGAACAUUUACAUAUGCAAGUACUGUAUACCAGUUAGAAAUAAUUGUCUGCAUAAAAGGUGGCAUUAGGACACAUUGUAAAAGAUUGUAGUAGUCAGUGGACAUAUCUGUGUGUUUGAUGCAUUUUUUACUAAAGACGUAUUUUGUUAGUUUUCCUUAAAGUUUUAUCUUAUUUAUGGAAAAAUAAGAUGAGAAUGAGCUACAUUUUCAUAAUAUAUAAAAUAUAUAUCCUUUUAUUAGCCUUUACACCUUGUCUUCCUUUGUAAAUACAGUAUUUACAUUUCUUGCUUAUCUUUGUAUGUAAUUGUGUAUAUAAGUGUACAUUUGCUGUAUAUGCAAAAUACUUUUGUUUUAUAUGUAUAAUGUGUUAAUUUGAAUCCCAGGAUUGUUACCUUCUCAGCUAAAAAGAUGGUUCAUUGUAAUAUUUACUAAAUUAUUUCCCAUUAUUAUCCUGAGUUAUUAUACAGAAACUUUUGAGUGGAAAUACCUUGUAUGUAAUCCAGUAUGUACAUAAUAUUAAAGAGCUAAUAAAUA